AUGAAUUCUAUCACAUCGACAUUAAGAAGACAAUUUAUCUUUCUUACAAGGUCUAAUAAUUCAUUAAUCAGAAUUAACUGCGGCGGAAUUACCAAUCAAAUAAAAUCAAUUGCAACAAUUCAACGUCAAAAGCCAAUUUUAUUUCAAAAUUAUCACUUUUCAAAAAAUCCUUACCAAAAUCAACAAUCAUAUUCGACCAUAUCAAAUAAUCAAGAACAAGAUGCGCCAAAAGAAGCAAAAGGAGACGAUAAUCCAGAAAUAGAUUCAAAAGAUAAAUCUACGUCAGAAAUCGAACAAAAAGAUAAACAGAUAGCUGAACUCAAGGACAGUUAUUUACGAUGCUUGGCUGAAAUGGAGAAUUUACGAGUAAGAACCAGACGAGAAAUAGAUCAAAAAUCAGAUUUUGCAAUACAAAAAUUCGCCACCGAUGUACUCAACACACUUGAUAAUUUAAGAUUGGCACUAAAUUCUGUACCGCCAGAAUUACGUACCAACACCGAGAACAGUGCACUUGUAAGUUUAUACUCGGGUCUUUCAUUAACUGAAUCAGAAUUGUUAGCAACCUUGAAAAGAUAUGGUAUAGAAGAGAUUAAUCCCAUAGGGGAAAAAUUUGAUCCAAAUAUACACGAGGCAGUAUAUCAGGAAGUUGUGCCUGGUAAAGAGGUUGGGACUGUUUCAAAUGUACAGAAAGUUGGAUAUAUUUUGAAAGGUAGAAUUAUUAGGCCGUCACAAGUUUUCAGUUGA